GACGCGUGCCUUUAACUUCAAUACAAACUAUCUGCAGGACUUUGCCGCUGUGCAAGCCUUCAAACACAUUGUAUCAUCUCCCAGCCAUAAUAAGAUUAUCAACACUACCAUGGAGACUCUGUACUCCGACAUGGAUAACUCCAGCUGUGACUACUCGUUUACGCACACGGAUGAUGAGGACUCGCGCAGCAGCAGCCACACCGCGUCCCCCGCGUCCUCCUGUGGAAAGCCACCUGCGUCUCCAGCUGACAGCCUGCAGGAGACCACCGCUGAGCUCCAGCAAAAAAAGAGGCGCAGGGGGCGUGCGAAGAACCAAGGCACCGUGCACGUCGUGAAAAAAAACCGACGCGUCAAAGCAAACGACCGCGAGAGGAACAGGAUGCACAACCUCAACGACGCCUUGGAUUCUCUGAGAAGCGUGCUCCCUGCCUUUCCCGACGAAACAAAGCUCACCAAAAUCGAGACCCUGCGCUUUGCCCACAACUACAUCUGGGCACUUUCCGAGACCAUCCGGAUCGCAGACCAGCGGCAAGGCGCGAAGUCAAGAGACGCACCGCUGCUGCUCCCGGGACUAAGCUGCAUUGGAGAGGCACCAAGCCCGAGAGGCAACUCUUGCUCUUGGGCAUCCAGUGCCUCUUCGGCUUCAUCUCCGUCUUAUUGCACCUCAGACCCCGACAGCCCUGCAGCCAUUGACGAUUUUGGAUAUUUGAAGAAUGAUGUAUACAGAUACCACAACUUCGUGCCUAGCAUCUUUUAA